UUUGGCGCUCUCGCAGCGGCAGCAGCAGUCGCUGGAGGGACGCUUUCACUUGCGCCGCGCACAACCCAGCGUGCCGUAUCCGCGUCCAGCCGCUCAGCUGCUAGUACACCACAGGCCGCGAGGGCAGCCAGCCGCACGCAAGCUCUGCACACCUGAGACCCUGAACCAGCAAGAUGAAGACUGGACUCCCUACUCCGGAGCAGGUGGCCUACGUGCGGAAGCAGCUGGGGACCAGCGAAAACGACAUCAGGGUGGCCAUCAUGGUGAUACGGAAGUGGCUGAAAAUGCAGCCGCACUUACCACAAAAUAUAGAUGACGCUCGGCUCGAGCGCAUGUACAUCAACUGUAAGUGUAGUCUGGAGCGUGUCAAGACCUCCGUAGACGCCUACUUCUCCCUCAAGAACAGAUACCCAGAGCUGCUCAUGAACAGGAAUCCCAGGGAAAUCAUAGGAGUGUGUAAGAAAUUCAUCACGAUGUUCCCGAUGCCGCGGCUCACGGACAGCUGCCUUCGGGUGUCGGUAACGACGAACAUCUGCGAGAACCCGGACGACUACGACCCGCUCGUCAUGAGCAGAGCCAUCCUGCUGUGGUCGGAGCUGAUGCUGCGCGAGGACUACUCGCUGGGCGACAUCAUGAUCCUCGACAUGAAGAACGUGCAGGCGGGGCACGUUCUCAAGACGGGCAUCGGGCUGCUGCGCGGACUCGAGAUGAUCUACAGGGGAGCUUACUGCCGGAGGAUAAAGGCGCUGCAUUUCGUCAACGCACCAAAAGUUAUGGACAUGAUAAUGACGCUAGUAAGGGCAGCACUACCGGAAAAAAUAAGGAAAAGGGUGAUGACUCAUCUGCCUGGAUCAAAUACUCUGUUUGACCAUUUACCAAGGUCAAUGGUACCAAAUGAACUGGGAGGCACUGGUGGGCCAGCUGAAGAGCUAGCAGAGGACCAUCGCGAGAGGUACUGGCCACUAGUGGACUGGUUCAUGGAGCAGGACCAGUUCGUCUCGAACGAAAGCAUGCGGCCGCACAACAUGACCUGUGGCAUGGAGAACGGAUUCAGCGUCGACGGCUCCUUCAAGAAGCUGUGCAUCGACUAGCUGGGAGGAGUACCGCAGCCAGUGGUGUGCAAACCACUAGCAUUAUCUGCACAACACUUCGCUUCCCAGUUCCCAGUGUACGCAAGGACUCAUUCACGCAGUGCUGCAGUAUUAAUGAACGAUCGUACGAAGCGAUCGCUACAUCCGUAAUGUUGUUUGUAAAUAUAUUAUGUGUCUCUGCUAUGUUACUCUUAAUGAUUACUGUUACAGAGCGUAGAAUAUCUUUCCAGUGUUUACAAAGUGUCAGUCUUUUGAUACUGUUAUAACAUACCCGAUAUAAAACAAAUUAAUAUCCCUUGUAUUUUGAACGUUUUCCGUGUUAACAUGUAUGAUAGUGAAUAACUGUGCAAAAGUAUGUACACAAUUUUUAUUUA